AUGACAAGCGUCCCCCCCACCGAACCAGAAAGGGAGGAAGAGGAGGAGAAGCAGCCGUUGCGCGAGCACGAGCUUCGCGAGGCAUUCGGCGACGUGUUGAGUCUUCUCGACGAACACUUCUCGAUGAGCACCUCGACCUCCAAGAUGUCGAGCUUGCUGGGGCGGUUCUCCAACUUCUCAUCCAAGACCUGGUAUGACGACGGCCUGAACGCCAUCGCGGGCCUCGACCUGAUGGUGGCGCACGUCGAGGCGUCGACGCGCGAGACGAUGAUCUCGUUGAGAGAGGGGAGCGGCGUCUGGGUCACGCAGUUCACGCGCGACAACGGAGAGCGCGGUUGGCUUAUCCUGUUGAACUGGGCUCGCGGAGGCGCCGAGGCGAUGGUCAACACGAUCGCCUUCGGCGCGAUGUUGCAGCCGCUUAUCGUGUUGACGCUGGUGCUGCUCGUCGGUCUCUUCUUCCUCGGUGCGCUGCGCGUCAUCGAGUAUUACGUCGUCGAGUACAUCCAGCGGCGCCUGUUCGUCAAACUCGUCACCGACCUCUCGCACAGGUUGCCCAGGGUCGAUCUGGACAAGCAGGAGAAGUCCUUCACGCCCGAGCUGCUCAACCGCUUCUUCGAUAUCAUCAAUAUCCAGAAGGCGACCUCGAAGAUCCUGCUCGAUAGCCUGGAGAUCAUCCUCCAGAUCUCGAUCGGCAUGCUCGUGCUGGCGUUUUAUCACCCUUAUCUGCUCGCGUUCGACGUGGUGCUGGUGAUCCUCAUCCUGUUGACCGUCUUCGCGCUGGGGCGAGGGGCGCUCAAGACGAGCAUCCACGAGUCCUCGUCAAAGUAUGAGGUCGCCGCGUGGCUCGAAGAGAUCGCGCGGCACCCUCUGAGCUUCAAGUCCAAGUCAGGGAUGAAGGUCGCCGCAGAGCACGCAGAGCUGCUCGCCACGCAAUACCUCGAACAUCGCCACAGUCACUUUCGCAUCGUGCUCCGCCAGAUCCUCGCGGCGACCAUCACCCAGGCGCUCGCCUCGGCGGUAUUGCUCGGCAUGGGAGGAUGGCUUGUCCUCAAGGGGCAGCUGACGCUCGGUCAGCUCGUCGCCGCAGAGCUCAUCGUGACCUCGGUGGCCGCAGGGCUCGCCAAGCUCGGGAAACACCUCGAGACCUAUUACGAUCUGGUGACGGGCGUUUAUAAAGUGGGGCACUUGCUCGAUCUUCCGCUCGAGCGGAGCGCGGGUCAGCUCCCCUUGCAGCGAAAGGAGCCUUACGCCAUCGAGCUCGAGGAUCUUUGCGUAUCGCGUGGUUCGACCGCGUUCACGGGCGUGAACCUCGACAUCAAGGCCGGUGAGCAUAUCGGCAUCGUCGGCGAGGAUGGCGCGGGCAAGUCCGCGCUGCUCGAUGUGAUCUAUGGGUGGCGCACGCCAAACAAGGGGAUGAUCCGCUAUGAUGGGAUCGACCUCAAGCGCCUCUCGCUCGAGGUCCUGCGCGAUGACGUCGAGUUGGUGCGCGAGGCCGACGUGCUCGAGAACACCAUCGACGCCAACAUCCGCCUCGGUCGGAUGACGCGUUCGCCCGAAGAGGUCCGCAGCGCGCUCGACGCGGUCGACCUGCUCGACGAGUUCAACAGGCUCGAGCAUGGCAUCGACACGCGCCUCGUCGCCAACGGCGCGCCGCUCUCGAGCGACCAGCUCUCCAGGCUGAUGCUGGCGCGCGCCAUCCUCGCCAAGCCCAAGGUCCUGCUCCUCGACGGGACGCUCGAUCGGAUCAGGCCGGAGCGGCUCCAACGCGCGCUCGGCGCCCUGCUCUGCCAGACGCGAGACUGGACCGUGAUCGUCAUCAGCGACCGCCCCGAGAUCCUCGCGCGCUGCGACCGCGUCAUGGAGUUGACCGACAAGGGCCUGAAAGAAGUCUCACCGAGAACGGAUGGCCAACCAUGA